AUGCGAAACCCAACAGCCUUAACCGACCUCCCACUUGAGCUAUUAUGCAUGAUCUCUGAGUACUUAUCACCAGUUGACCUUGCUUGUCUCGCCUUGGGGAAUCGUCAUCUGCUGCGUUCAUUUGCUGCGACUGCUUUUAAGAACUUCUCAAACUGCCGCACCGGAAACCCCACGGAUGACGCACGUAUCGAGCUGUUAUCUCGGCUUUCUUGCGACCUACCGCAGUACCAUCUCUGCUUUAUUUGCCUUCGACUUCAUUUGUGGAAAAAGGCUGGGCUGCCAAGCUACUAUCAUCCCAUGGUCAACCACCGCACAGAUGCCUUAGAUUAUACCAAUUGGUACCUUAUAAGACAUCUACCCCUCGCUCACCACCCAUCAUAUACCUUUUACAAAUUCCACUUCGUGCAUCUACAGCUUGCUAUGAGAAGGUUUUACUAUGGACCGGAGUUCGGAAUCCCCGUUGAGUCAUUGCUCUACACAGAGAUCAAAGCGAACCGAUUCAGAUCCAAUGGCCCGCCCUUACUACAGCCCCCUACCAACAAGGCAUCAGAAGGAGAUACCCAAAAAGAUAUUAUGAUGACGCUAUUCUCUGCUGAAGCUCGAAUUUGCUCUACGCCCCCGGCUCUAUGUAUGCGGACGCAAGAUAUAGCGGUAGUAACACGACAAAAUAUACCACGGAUGUGGCCAUGCCGCGAAAACGGUCCUAUGAAAGUCUGCAAGCAUAUCCACACUUUUGACCCGGGCUUCAGCGACAUCCUGGCCUCUCAAAUUAGGCGUUAUUGCUCUACCACAAGCCCCAAAGUCCUAGCCGACCAAGGGAGUUGUGAUAAAUGUAAUACCUCUUGGCAGUUGGAGAUUCGAACCCUGGAUGAAACUCAUGCAAGCCUCACUCUUACCCUAUGGAUGGACCUAGGACCGGGUCUAAGUAUAGAAGAUCCUCAAUGGAAGUAUCGUCUUGAUAAUGUACCUAAGUCGUUUUCAGCAAAACACGAAAUAGUGGACUCUCGCCUACGGUUCGAGAGGGACUCUAUUCAGGCUAGGUCUCCAAAUGCUCUGUCCGAGGAUAAGAUGUAUUACCGGAAUGUCUCUUUGCUAGAAGGGAAGACAUAUCAAACAGUGAUGACUCCAGUGCACGGUGGAAUCUACAUAUUGCACGGACAAGCAGAAGCAAAGACAAGUCCUUCCCGCUGUAUCAUUCUCUGA